CCCCUGCUUGACAACCAGCACGCCUGGCGUUCGUCUCCCAGCAACCAGUCGGUCCGCCGCUCCGUCCUGCUACAGGCGGUCCGGACUUGCAGCGUCCCGGAGUGACAGUUACCUCUACACCCAGGCUUCCAUGGAACCGGACUGGGACUGAGCCGAGGUGUCGCCAUGAACGACCGGUAUCACCGGGCGGCCCGGGACGGCUUCCUGGACGUGCUGAAGGAGGCCACACGGAAGGAUCUAAACGCCCCGGAUGAGGAUGGGAUGACACCGACCUUAUGGGCCGCUUACCACGGCAACCUGGAGGCGCUCCGGCUCAUCGUGAGCAGAGGGACCCGGCCGUGUGGGAGGAGGGAAAACAGGAAGAGGAGGAGAGUUUACAGCAGAUUAACACGGGUCACCGCAGCAGCUGCAGGAGAGGUGACCCGGACAAAUGCGACAUUUGGGGGAACACGCCGCUCCACCUGGCAGCUGCCAACGGCCACCACAACUGCCUGUCCUUCCUGGUGGCUUUCGGUGCCAACGUCUGGUGUCUCGACAAUGACUACCACACACCGCUGGACAUGGCUGCCACCAAGGGCCACAUGGACUGCGUUCGCUACCUGGACUCCAUCGCCGCCAAGCAGAUUACCAUCAAUCCAAAACUGGUCAGCAAGCUCAAGGAUCGGGCAUUUCGUGCCGCGGAGCGCCGGAUCAAAGAGUGCGCAAAGCUGCAGAAGAAACACCAUGAACGCAUGUCAAGGAAGUUCAUGAAGGAGUCUGCGGCCUUAGACAACUUGGACGCUAUUAGCUUUUCUAGCUACACCAGCAGCAGCACUCUGAGCCGCAAGUUCAACACUGUCACCUCCAACAUGCCAUACUCACAGGCCACCCUGCAUUCGACAGCCAAGGGCAAGGCCAAGAUACAGAAGAAGCUCGAGAAAAAGAAGCAGGUUGACGGUACGUUCAAGAUCUACGAGGAUGGGAGGAAAAGCGUGCGCUCGCUGUCUGGCCUGCAGCUCGGCAAUGACGUGAUGUUCCUCAAACAAGGCACCUACACCAACCCCAGAGAGCGGUCGCGGCUCAACAUCCGUGAUAUGUUUCCCCGUGACAUUGACGACGAUGCUGACACCAUCUCCCGUGCCACGAGUGACCCGGGCCUCCACGAGGCGGCUUAUUCCGAGAUCAGCGCAGACUCCGGGCGUGAUUCGCUGUUCACUCGGCCCGGGCUUGGGACCAUGGUUUUCAGGAGGAACUAUAUGAGCGGAGGCAUGUUUGGAAUUGGGGUAGAGGAGAGCGUUGCAGGGAGUGAACCUGUGGGGAGAGCGCCUAACGUCCGACUGCGAGGAAAACUGCCUCGACGCUCGCCCAGCUUCGAUGAGGAUAGUAUUGGCAGCGCUUUGAGCCUGCAAGAAAGAAACCUGCAGGAGCUGCCCUGGGAGGAGACUGAGCUCGGGCUGGAUGAGGACAUGGAGCCAGAGAACAAUCCUCUGGAGACUUUCCUGGCCUCUCAGAGUCUCAGUGAGUUCAUGCCCAUAUUCAGGAGGGAGAAGAUCGACCUGGAGGCUCUGCUGCUAUGCUCUGAUACAGACCUCACCAGUAUCCACAUCCCUCUAGGGCCCAGGAAAAAACUGCUGGAUGCCUGUAAGAGACGUUUGGAUACUCUGGAUGAACCAGAGGCCAUUGAAGACACUGAGCUGUGAAGCUCAGUAUCGCCCAUGUGUCUGAAAUCAGGACCACAGCUCUGUGAAUUGAAUGCAAUUCGCCGCUCGAAAUACAAAAUAGCAAAAAGAAAAUAUUUUGUGCAGUAUUAAUGAAAUGUUCGAGCUUUUAAUGAGAGCAGUUCUCUAAGUUGUGCAAUUUUUCUUUAGAUUUUCACCUCAGAUCAACCUGAGCAGAAAACAGCAUUUUUAUGACUGAACAGCACCAUCUAGUGGUGACUUAUCAUAUAAACUUAAAAUUUAAAUCUAGGGGCCUGUAAGAAAUGUUAGUUAGUGGCAUUACACGUUACAGUUAUACAUAAUUUUAUUUCACCUAAUUAUUCAUGUAAUUAAACUUGUAAUAAGAUGUAUAUGGCAGUGAUGCUGUACAGUCGGUGGAGUAGUGACAAUUUCACGGGAAAGCUGCGACACUUGUAUGUACCUAAACCUCAACCCUAAUAUGUGUUUUUUUUUUUGUUGUACACUUUUCUUACGUUUAAAUAUUAUUAUACCUCGUGGCACAUAUGCAGUGGUGACUGAACGGUAUGUUUGUGAUGUAUGAGUGUAGCCGCAGACGGAGUGACAAACAGUGUCGCAACAGUAAAACAAUGAGGUGUCAGAGCGAGGUUAUGCGAGUGCUAGAUAACGCCGCUAUCUCAGGUUACUGCAGGAGCUAUUUGGUUACGCUGAAGGUCUGCUGCCGGCUGCGCUCCACAGUACGACUGUGCAUGAAUGUACCUUUUUAUGUUGGCAAAGAACUUUUUGUAAUGAUGCACUCACAAACGUUAUUAUCUUUUCUUAAAAUAAAG